GUGUCACAUUGAUCAGCUGUUCAGUCCGGUGUGAACCUUCGUGGAGAGAGAGCCACUCAGUUCCCGGUGUUUAUUAUAUAUUAUUCUCCUAAACUACGAAAAAAACCCAAAUAGUGGUCAUGGCUGCCAAGAAUGUGCGAGUGCUGUCCAUCCAGAGCCAUGUCGUUUCGGGCUAUGUUGGGAACAAGAGCGCCUGCUUUCCGCUGCAGGUACUAGGAUUUGAGGUAGAUACCAUCAAUUCAGUGCAGUUUUCCAACCACACUGGCUAUAAGUCGUUCAAGGGACAAGUGUUAGACAAUAAUCAGUUAGGUGACUUAAUAGAUGGAUUAAAGAGCAAUGGCAUUGACUUUUAUUCUCACCUGCUAACGGGAUACAUUGGGUCGAAGUCCUUUCUGGAGAAGGUGAAGAGUGUGGUUGAGCACCUGAAGACAGUCAACCCAAAUUUGAUAUAUGUGUGUGAUCCAGUCAUGGGGGACCACGGGAAAAUGUACGUACCUGAAGACCUCUUACCCGUGUAUAGGGAACACAUCAUCCCUCUGGCAGACAUCAUUACGCCAAACCAGUAUGAGGCAGAGCUUCUCUCUGGGCGGAAGAUUGAGAACGAAGGCGACGCGUUGGAAGUCAUGAAGUGGUUUCACGAGCAGGGAGCCAAGACUGUGGUUCUCUCCAGCACGGAACUUGGCUCGGAGAAUGAGCUGCUCGGUCUGGCCUCCUCUGUUAUCAAUGGUACAACCACACGCCUACAGAUUGGCAUCCCUCGUCUCCCUGUUAACUUCACCGGCACGGGAGAUCUCUUUGCAUCUCUGCUCUUGGGCUGGAUGCACCACACCGACAGCAAUCUGAAGAAAUCCGUCGAGAACACCGUGGACACCAUGCAGACCAUCUUGCGCCGCACCCUAGACCUGGCCCGUCAGGAGGCUGGGCCCAACGCACCCCUAACAGUGCGCCACCUCGAACUCAAGCUGGUUCAGAGCCUAGACGACAUCCGCAGCCCAGUGUCCAGGUGCCAAGCUAGUGUACUGGAGAACUAAUCCCAAGGUGCAUAUAUGUGAGAGCCAACCUUCUGAGAUAUUUUCGAGCACCAGCGUUUGAGAGCUGCGGUGUUUAUUUUUGGCCAAGAUGAUUGUAUGUUAUUGUUACAAUUUUUUUUUUUUUUUUUUUUUCUUUUUUUUUCUUUUUCCACUUAUCCUUGUAGAGAGUUUUGUGCCUGUGUAGGACAUCUUAUUUAAAUCUAUAUUUUGUGUGAUUUUAUGAAUAGUGAAAUUUUAUUCUUUAUUUUAAGGAGUCUGCAGUAUUUUUAAAGAUUAUUUAUUAGUUUAUAUACAUUGUUAUAUACAGUAUGGGGAAAUUAUCUCCUAUUUAUUGCACUAUUAAUAUAUUGUAUUUAUAACAAAUUUUUUAAUAGCACAUAUGUACUUUUAUACAAAGGGAUAUUUAAUGCCUUCAGUACUUGACAAUUACAUAAAGUUACUGCCAUCAUGUCUAAACUCUCAAUCAGUGAAUAUACAAAACUUGGAAUAUAUAAGACCAUUGUAAAAGCUGAGAGGCCACAGGGUAGUCAUUGUGUGCAGAUCUUUGCCAUUCCUUAGUGCUUUAUAUAUCCCUAGUUCAUAGGUAUAUUACAAGAACACGUUUUUGUUUUACUACCUCUUCUUUUGAAUAUCCAAUGUUUUAUAUCGUCAGGGUGGCUUAUGGAUGACGAAACACUCAGCUGUUGUUGACACGUCAGAAAAUCACAGUAUACACAAAGCCAGGAUGGUGCAUGUCUAUAACUAUAAGUACUUGUAUGUUGAUGUGACAGAUUUAUGUUCAUUUACCUACCUGAAUACAACUGUAACAUCAUGUAUACACACACACAAAACACAUAUAUUCAAACACAAGAGCAAAGGCAGAUGCACAUGGACACAAAUACACACUUUCUGUAUUUCUUUGGUAAUAUUAUUUUCCUGAUUCCUCAUUACUAUCAAAACUUGUAGACUGAGAAAGUGAUACAUGCCUUUUGUGUGUAACUUUUUAUUCUCUAAUAUUUCUGUCUACCAGGGUCUAUUGCCAGCUCUUAACAUGUAUUUAAGGUUCUACAGGGUUUCUUGAUAUUCACUUUAAUCAUGUUUUCUUCAGGUUUAUUUGCAUGUUGUUGUUUUUUUUAGAUUUUAGAUUUUCUCCAGAUAUAUAAGGAAAAUGGGCAACAAAGAUUAUUAUAAUUAGAGUUGUCUUUAACACAGUUAAAAGAACUUACUUUUCAUUAUAUUUUCAUACAUACACUUAACCUACUAAGAGCUCACUUCUGCAUCGUACUGAAACUUCUUAAUUCCUGGAUUUUGCCUUUAUGUUUUACCUUGUCUAGGAGAUUAUUACAUUUUAUAUUAAAUACCAAAUACCAACUACUGUUCAUGUCUGAUGUAACACUUGAUCUCCUGUAUUAAGUCUUUCAUUAUUAUGUAUGAGUUUCAUUGUUUGCUUAAUUUGUACACACACAUGCACACAUAUAUACUUGAACAUACACUAAUACACAUGAACACACUAUAUUGAUUGAUUCUGUUUUGCAGUUUCCUCAAAACUUGUGAUUAGUAUGAUGGUUUGUACUUAUUUCUUUAAGUCAUAUGCAAGACUGCUUUUGAACUGUGCACUCUUAAGAAUGGCACUUCCCUUUGAAAUAGAAAUUUGGUGGGUGUGACGUAUUGUAUUUGCAUAAUUUAGAGUAAAGAUGAAUGUAUAGCAUGAAGUUGCAGUUAGAACCUCUUUCAGAUGUCCAGAAGCAAUCGUGCACUCUUUAUUUUUAUCUUGUGCCAAUUCGAACUUACAAAAUGUGACAUAAUACAUGCACCAAAGUUAUUUUUUAAAAAGUUGACACUACUUGCUAAACUGUAUUUUCUAUAGUUUUCGUAAUGGUAUUAUGUAAUGUUGAUUAAUAUUACAAUGGGAUCAUAUGUAUUGAUAUGGUGCUUUAAGUAUAGAUAAGCAUCAUUAUCUACACGAUGAAAGAAGGAAACACAUGAAAGAAAUAAAUAAAGACAUUUACUUUUUUUUUCCUUUUGUGAAAUAUGCAAUGUUAGAUUAGUAGCAUCUAUAUCAAAAUGCAAGCCUGUUAAAUUUCAUUUAGUGCAAAAAAAAAUAAAUCAAGGUAUAUAAAAAGGACUUGAAAGAAUGUAUAUAAGUUACGUUAGUGCUGGAGAGGUCUGGCUUGGGCCUGUGUGUGGAGAAUACAUCCUUCUAUAACUUUCCUCUUAUUUAUGUCACAGUCACGUUAGUUUUAUAUUUUUGUACGAGUGUUAUUCAGAUCUAUUUUAUUAAGUUAUUGGAUUAUAUUUGUCAUAUUGCCAAGAAGACUUAAAGUUCAGUGUUACAAGAUUAAAAAGACAAAAUGUGAUGGUAGCAGAUAAUGUUUUCUUAAUGGGUAUAUGGUAAAACAUGCUGCAGUAAAGGAUAUAAUGACAUACACAUGUUGCACUGGUUAUACUUAAACUUAUUUUAUCUCUGUAUGCAAGUAUGGUUGCGUGUGUGUAAUACAUUAUGAAUAUGUUCAGUGUAUUAUUCAUUAUUAUUAAGUAAGAUCAUUCUUGUGCUGAAUGAGUUACAUUACACAGGUGUAUUUAUGUACAUCUAGUUGGUUAAAGUCUUAGCAUCAUUGGUUAUAUGAUGCUUGAUGCAUAUCAUUGUCUUCCAGUAUUGUUUACAGGAUAUAGUAUAUAAUGUUGAGUAGUAUGAUAGUAUACAUUGUUUUUUUGAGCUGUACUCUUUUUUUUUUUUAUGGCAGCCAAAUGUGUAAAAAGUGUGUCAGUGCAAAAAUAAAAGUGUUUUACACAA